AUUGAAAUAGUUUCACUUGGCGGUGAAAUCUCAAAUCUGUUCAAAUAGGUUAUAACAUAUACAAGAAAUAAGAAUUUAGUUUAAAUGAGAAAUUAAUACUUAAUUAUGGAUCGAAGUUUUCAAAAUGUCUCUCUAACUAAAAGUCCAUUGAUUACGCAAAGUCCUUUCAAUAGAACAGGAAAAAGAGGAGUUGCUCCAUCACCAUUUAGAAAAUCUUCACGGUGGAGUGUAUCCGGCAAAUCAACACAGUCCGUUCAAGUUGUAUUUAAAACACACCACAACUCCGUUGAAAGAUUUGGGCAACCUUUACCAGUAUUAAUAACUGAAACUUUAACCUUUGCUGAUCGAAAAACCGUUGUGUCUGCAGGAAUCUCAGAAUACGGUUAUGCUUGGGUUGUAUGUGGCAGAAGAUUAUUGAUUUGGCAAUAUAGGCAAAACGUUCAAGCACCCUCUGGAACUCCACAAAGGAAACAUGCAGUUUCCAAUGUAUGUUUUGAAUUGCAGUUACCUCAAAGUGAUUUAUCGCAUAGAGCUGAAUUGGUUGCAGUAUUUUUAACAAGUGGAGCACAUUCACCAUCAUGUAUAGCUGUCUCACCUGAGGGUUUAAUCAGAUAUUGGCCAUCAGUUUCUCAUGAAGAUGUUUCAAUAGAGCAAACUAUUGAUUUGCAAGGACAAGAGUGCGAUAGUUUAACUGAAAUUGAAGGUUUAGGAUGCAUUUUAGCCACAACAACAUGUUCUAUUGCACUUGUUCAACCACAAUUCAUCAAUGGAAGACAUACCCUCAACUGUCACACUCUUAAAGCCCCAACAGGAUGGUUGGGUGGUAUAAGCAAAAAAAUGUCUUCAUUCAUAUUCGGGCCUAUAUCUUCAGAACAAUCUGCAGAAACUAGAUUGGUAAGAGUACAUAGUAUUUCAGAUCAGAAUGAAGGUUGGACUGUUUUUAUACUAGCUGGUCACUCUUUACAAAAAUGGAAAAUUUCAUCAAAUCAACCAGAACAGCUUAUUUAUAUGGUAGAGUUAAACAGAUUAGUGAGAGAUCAUUUUCGGAGUGCUAUGGGUGAAAACUGUGUGGGAGAAUUAGAUACAUGGAUUCUUGAUUUACAACAUGACAAAGAGAAUUUAAUCCUUUUAACUGCAGCAGUAAAUAUGCCAUAUUCCCCACAAAUUCAUUAUGCUUUGAUAAGCAUUCCAAUUAACAAUUGUCAGCCUAGUAUAAUUGCAAAAGAAUUCAAAAUUUUGAAAAUAAUGGAAAUGUAUAGGGAGGACAAUCCAGGGGAAUCAUUAUCAUACAAAUUUUUGUGGUGUAACAAUUGUACGUAUUUAUUCAAUCAGAAAAAAAUAAUUGUUUUGAAAUCCCCUGAAGAACAAGAUGUUUUGGAGUUUACUACUCCUCAAGAUUUUAUAUUAGGAGGAUCAGUUUGCGUAAAUACUCCGAUAUUUUUCUUGAAGAAUAAUGGCUUAGUAUCAGUUAUUGGAAGUGAUCUAAGUUCGGAUCUGAAUUUGAGUAUGGCCAAUGCAUCAUUGGAACAAUACGUCAAUGAAACCAAUGGAGCCAAUAAUUUAUCUGUUUAUCAUCUGGACCCUAUGGAAAUAUAUAACGCUUACACUGAUACAUUAGGACAAAUUAAAGCAGCUUUCAUUUUUCAUAUCAAGAACCAGAUGAGUGCUUGCCAGGAUAUAGUAAAUGAACUAUUUCCAGUCGAAGCAGAAACAAGCCCAUCAGUUGAUUCUGUUCUAGAUAAUGUUGUAGUUUCUUUAUGCAGAGAUAUAAUAAAUGAUAAGCCUGCUUGUGAUCCAAGAUGGAAUGAGGAGGUAAAUCCAGGUAUUGGCAGUUCUUAUUCCAUGCAAAUUCUUACACAACUACAAGAUAAACAUAAAGCUCUCAAUUUGUUUUGUAAAUUCCUCAGAGAGACCAAUUUAUGGAAUCGACUUGGAGCGCAUACCCACAGAGAUGGAUAUCUUGCUACUGUCUACAUAUUGUCUGAAUUUUCUGAGAAAGUUGUUGCUGCAAUUCAAUUGAAAUCUUUUCCAAGUGAACAGAUUCUAGAUAAGGCAAUUGAUAGAGCAGUGGAGGGAAUCGAGAUAGAUUCUGAAUUUGGCUUGACAAAUCAAGAUGUGUUCUACAGCACAGUUGAUCGCAUUUAUAAAUGUUUUCAAGAAUUGGUGAAUGGUUGUAGUGAAAUUGUGCACUCUGACAUGAACCCUAGUGAGAUAUCUUCGACAAUUUCUAAAACCAACAACAUAAUUCUAAAUGUUCUCAAAGAAGUUUUGCAGUAUAGGAGGAAUAAUGCAGAUAUUUUCACUCCACAAGAAAUAGCUUUAUCUUUAGCUCCGGAUUAUUUGUUAUGGAUCAGUGCAAAUGGUACAGAAGGACUAAUGGAUAGCCUAUGGGAGCAACACAAUCUCACUUGCAAGUAUGCCAUGAAGUAUACGAGUAAUAAACAGUUACGGCAUGAUUUAAGUCAUCAACUAGUGUCUCUAAUAGACAUUAUUUUGGAUGGGAGAAAAAAUCACAUUCAAAGUAUUAAAGAUACCCAUCGUAAAGAACUCAGUUAUAAACAAUAUUGUAUUGACAGAUAUAAAUUAAUAUUUCCACUAAUUGAUGAAAAGGAAUGGGAGAGUGCUACACAGUUGGCAGAGAAAUUUCUUGAUUUUGAUUGUCUUAUUUGUAUUUGUGAGGCAACUGAUAAUCAACAACGUUUAGAUGAAUAUAUGAAUAGAUUCCAAAGUGAGGGAUUCACUGAACAUGUAUAUAAUUGGUAUUUAAAAGAAAAUAAGCAAGCUAAAUUAAUUGAAAGAUGUAGAAAGUUGAAUUCAAGAAAUGCUCAAAAAUUGACAGGAUUUCUAGGUCAACAUCCUUCUUUACUAUGGAUGCAACAAAUAUUUGAUCUACAAUUUGCACAAGCCUCCCUCACACUAUCUAACUUGUCUGAUAAUGAAACUGAUUCAAUUACUAAACAAAAGACAAUGUACAGUUUAGCGAAGUUGGCUAAAUUGGCUGCACCUAAUGCAAGAGAUACAGACACUUUCUUGGAAAAAGUAAAUGAUAAGCUAGAACUAAUAUCCUACCAAGAAGAUAUUCCAGAUUACGUUCUUCAGCAUUUUGGUUAUAAUACAGAGGAUCCGCAAGUACUAACUCCAAAAGAAAUUAUCAAUCUUUAUAUUUGUAACGAAUAUACUGAUUCAAGUGAGUUGGAAUUCAAAAAAGCUCUUGAUGUCCUGAAAUUUAUAGAUUCUCCAGAUAUAAAGGAAGAAAUGUACUUGAGAAUAUGGCGUCAAGCUCUAUUACGAGAUACUUGGCAUUAUAGUAAUUUGGAUUCACCACUAGAAAUUUUACAGAACACCUUAAUUUUCAAAAUAGUAGAUGUUGCAAUUUCUAUGGGCACAGAUGCAGAUUUAUUGAUGCCUAAUAUUGAAAUAUUGUUGGAUGAUAAUUCAUUAGACGAUUUAAGGGAAAAUAAAGCAUGUAUUUAUUUGUUGAAAACAGGUUACGAACACAUUCAAAGAAUAUUAUCUAGCUAGAUAUUUUUCAAAAACAACUUUUUCUAUUAAAUGUAUGCAAUAAAUUAUUUUGUAAUAAAA